AUGGAUGACACAAGUGCCAACAAAUCCAAAAAAUGGAAACCUCUCCACUGUCUCCAACUACAACUUGCUGGACUUCCAACAAAUCUAAAGCAGAAUCCACAGUCCAUUAAAUUUGUAGCAGCUUCUACUGAUGUGCCCAUUCUUGAAAUGGCCCGUGCUGUCAUUUCUGACAUAAAAGAAUCAGAAAGAGGUGUGUCAACAUUUGAUGCCAAAAGAGGAGAGAAGGUGACUGUUAUUCACUGCAUUGCAGUGUGCGUUUGUGAUUUUAAUAUGAUGGCAGAAGCCACAAACCACAUGGGAGCAAACACCAAAAAAUUCUGUCCUAGAUGUUAUGCUGAUAAAGAAACCUGCAUUUCAAAAGGAAUGGUAAGACAGUCUGAAGAUACCAGAAGAAUACUAAACCACUUAUCCAUUAACAACAGCAGAGAGUUGAGACAGGCUCAUGGAUUAAAACCAUCUGAAAAUCCAUUUUGGGAUAUUAUUGAUCCACACAGGGAUAUUCCAGUAGGAAUUUUACAUUGGUUGUACCUUGGCCUUGGUAAACACAUACUGAAAGCAUGUAUGCUAGAACUCUCUGAACCAAAGCAGGAACAGUUGGAUGUAUUAAUUGAAAGCCAUUAG